AUGGUGAAUGUAUUCUAUGUUCCAGUGUUUCGGGAGACACUGGAAACAAGCAUUGUGGUGUCAAUUCUUCUCGCGUUCUUGAAGAAUCAGCUUGGGCCCCAGGAAGAUGCUCAGGUAUACAGAAAAUUGAGGAAGCAGGUCUGGCUAGGCACUGCCUUGGGCGUAGCCAUCUGCGUUGUCAUCGGAUGCGCCUUGAUUGGCGUGUUUUAUUCACUCGGAAGAAACAAAUGGUCAAAAGCUGAAGCCCUGUGGGAAGGUGUUUUUGCCGUUGUCGCUUCUCUGAUUAUCACCUUAAUGGGCGCCGCCCUGCUUCGGAUUUCAAAGCUUCAGGCAAAGUGGCGUAUUAAGUUGACGAAAGUGUUAGAGGCAAAGACGGAGGAUCGAAGACGGGGGUCAUCGUGGGGGAGAUUCAAGAGAUGGUGUGAAAAAUAUGCUAUGUUCAUCCUGCCCUUCGUUACCGUCCUGCGCGAAGGGCUAGAGGCGGUUGUGUUUAUCGGAGGCGUAAGCUUGGGCGCAUCGGCUUCUUCGAUUCCAAUACCCACCAUAGCUGGGGUCAUUGCAGGCUCUGCAAUCGGAUACAUGAUCUACAAGGGCGGAAAUUUCGUUCCCAUCCAGAUAUUCCUCAUCAUAUCGACCUGCUUCUUAUAUUUGGUAGCGGGGGGACUGUUUUCUAGGGGUGUGGGGUUCUUCGAACAGUAUAAAUGGAACAUGAUAGUCGGCGGUGACGCAGCCGAAACAGGCGUUGGCCCCGGAUCAUACGACAUCCGGGAAAGCGUGUGGCACGUUAACUGCUGCAGCCCGCUGUUAAAUGGGGGCGGAGGAUGGGGUAUCUUCAACGCCCUUCUCGGCUGGACCAACUCGGCGUCUAUCGGUACGGUGUUGGCAUAUAACUUCUACUGGAUUGCGGUUAUCACUGGCUUCCUUCUUAUGAUAUAUUACGAAAGGAGAGGUCACUGGCCCUUCCAGAAACGAGAGAAGGCCUUGAGCGGCUUUUCAACGUCCGAUAAUCCCAGUUCUGAGCAACAGGUGGACGAGAAAGUGACUGGAGUAACCUCGGAGGAAAUCAGGGGUGUUUGA